CGCAGGACGCGGGGCUGCCAUUGGCCGGGAGGCGCGGCGGCGGGAUGGCGGCGGCGGCAGGGCUGGGCGGCGGCAGCGACUUCUCGGACCUGCGGGAGAUCAAGAAGCAGCUGCUGAGCGUGGCGGAGCGCAGCCGCGAGCGCGGCCUGCAGCACAGCGGCAAGUGGGCCUCCGAGCUGGCCUUCGCCUUGGACCCGCUGCCGCUGAGCGAGCUGCCGCCGCCCCCCGCGCUCACGGAGGAGGAUGCUCGUGAUCUGGAUGCCUAUACAUUAGCCAAGUCUUACUUUGAUCUAAAGGAGUAUGACAGGGCUGCCUAUUUUCUGCGGGGCUGCAAGAGUCAGAAAGCUUACUUCUUGUAUAUGUACUCUAGAUACCUGUCAGGGGAAAAGAAGAAGGAUGAUGAGACAGUGGAUAGUUUGGGACCUCUGGAAAAAGGACAGGUGAAAAAUGAAGCUUUACGUGAAUUGAGAGUUGAGCUUAGCAAGAAACACAAGGCACGGGAACUGGAUGGAUUUGGCCUUUAUCUAUAUGGGGUUGUGCUGCGGAAGCUGGACCUGGUGAAAGAAGCAAUAGAUGUGUUCGUGGAAGCUGCUCAUGUCUUACCUUUGCACUGGGGAGCCUGGCUGGAACUUUGCAACUUGAUUACAGAUAAAGAGAUGUUGAAGUUCCUGUCCUUGCCGGAUACAUGGAUGAAAGAGUUCUUUCUUGCACACAUUUAUACAGAGCUGCAGCUGAUAGAGGAGGCUCUGCAGAAGUAUCAGAGUCUCAUUGACGCAGGAUUUUCCAAAAGCACUUACAUCAUCUCUCAGAUUGCAGUUGCCUACCACAAUAUCAGAGAUAUUGACAAAGCUUUAUCCAUCUUUAAUGAGCUAAGGAAACAAGAUCCUUACAGGAUAGAAAACAUGGACACUUUCUCCAACUUGCUGUAUGUAAGGAGCAUGAAGCCUGAGUUGAGCUACCUGGCUCACAAUCUCUGUGAAAUAGACAAGUAUCGUGUUGAGACCUGCUGUGUAAUUGGGAAUUAUUAUAGCUUGCGUUCCCAGCAUGAAAAAGCAGCACUCUAUUUCCAGAGGGCCUUGAAACUGAAUCCUCGUUAUUUGGGAGCCUGGACACUCAUGGGACAUGAGUAUAUGGAAAUGAAGAACACAUCUGCAGCUAUCCAGGCUUACAGACAUGCAAUAGAGGUGAACAAAAGGGACUACAGAGCGUGGUAUGGCUUGGGGCAAACCUAUGAAAUCCUCAAAAUGCCAUUUUACUGUCUCUAUUACUAUCGACGGGCCCACCAGCUCAGACCAAAUGAUUCUCGUAUGCUGGUUGCUCUAGGAGAAUGCUAUGAGAAACUCAAUCAGUUGGUGGAAGCUAAAAAGUGCUAUUGGAGAGCUUAUGCAGUGGGAGAUGUGGAGAAAAUGGCACUGGUGAAACUAGCAAAGCUGCACGAACAGCUGAAUGAAUCUGAACAGGCAGCUCAGUGCUAUAUCAAAUACAUCCAGGAUAUCUAUUCCUGUGGGGAGAUAGUGGAGCACCUAGAAGUCAGCACUGCCUUCCGUUACUUGGCCCAGUACUACUUCAAGUGCAAGCUCUGGGAUGAAGCCUCAGCAUGUGCUCAGAAGUGCUGUACGUUCAAUGAUACUAGGGAAGAAGGAAAGGCCCUGCUGCGGCAGAUCUUACAGCUUCGCAAUCAAGGAGAAACAUCAUCCACAGAUAUUGCUGCUCCCUUUUUCCUCCCUGCAUCAUUGUCAGCCAACAACACUCCUACACGUCGUGUCUCCCCACUCAAUCUGUCCUCUGUAACACCAUGAAUAAUGCCAAUACUUCUAGCCUGCGCAUUGAAUGUGACAUUGAGGAUGGGGCUUGCAACCACUUACUUCUUUCCAGUGAAAUUUCUACAUGCGUUGUUGCCUUCAUGUGAAGGGUAGGCGUUACCAGAGCCCACAGCUGAAGAUGGAUGUGCCCCAGCAGACAAAGGUGCAGCCUAUGCGAAAGUGCCUAUGCUGAGAUGUGAGAACCUGUUGUACUUCUCACCAAGUCAUUCCAGUCAGAGGGCAGAUGUGUUCCAUUACACAGGACUACUCCUAAUUGAGGGAUUGGGAAGAGCUUGUCUGCUUGUGUUAAAGCAUAUGAAAUUUAAUUCUGCCCCAUUACCUCUGGUCUCUACUGAACUUCUUUGGAUGACGUCUUAGUGGUAUCAUUGCUGUCUAUAUCGAAAACUGUUACCUGCCUGGCUACUUAAGGACUUUUGCUUGUCUUGAACUACACAGAAGAUGUUCCACUAAAGCAGCGGAUACCAACAGUUACAUAUAGGUGCCAUGUCUCUGUUGAAGGACUGAGAAGUGUCACAGGAACUCCAGGUAGCUGCAGGUGACAGCUGUUUGACAUUCUGUCUGUGGAUCUGACAGAUACUUUGGCUUUCAGUAGAAAGGCAGCCAGUGGGAUAGCACAAUUAAAAAACUUAAUGGUUAAA